CUGCAGUCGGACCGAGCAGCUGGCAGCAGCUCUAGGACCACGUGGGGAAUGAAAGUGUACCUGCUCCGGUGCCUUCUUAUUGGUCCAUUGGUGAUUAACAGGAUUGGCUGUAAGUAGCUUUAGAUGAUGUUGAAGUCGACGAAGAGCUUUUUUUGAAGCAGAAAGUGCGAAGAUAGUGGGAAACAUGAGAUCGAGUUAAAGCUCAAGCUAGCAAUCAGGUCUGUGGAAAUACCUGUGCUGUCAUCCACACAUCUGCUUCAUAAUGGAACAUAGCGGGUUUCAAGCAUCAGUUGCAGCCAUGUGUCAUCAUGUAGAAGAAGUAAAGCAGCACAAAGACACACAGGAAGUACAAGCCAUACCCUGUGAGUGAGAGUCCAUCAUGAGUCAGAGAAGAUGUCUGCAGUCCUGUCUGGUACUGGAUCAUCUGGAAAACGGACCAAGCUUCUGACCACUCUGUGCACUUACAAAAUGUAUAACUCUGGAAAUGACCUAAUUCAGGCAGAAUGAGCUCAUAGUGAUAAGCGAUUCGCCGCCACACUGUUGAUGGAAAAGAUUAGCACAUGGGCUCAUAUUGUGACCCGAAGGUGUGACAUUACAUGAGGCUUUGGAGUACUUUCAUGUUAGAGGCAGAGAUGUUGCGCCGUGGACUGCUAGCCUGGGUGUCUCGUGUAGGGGGCAUCCUGGUGCUGCUCUGCUGUUCACUGUCACUCCUGUACGUGAUGACCUGCAGCCCACCCCACUCUGAUGACCCUCCCAUGAGUCAUGCUCUGCCCAGGGCGGCACACAGCCUCACAAGCAUGGGGGGCACUCGACCAGGCGUAAGGACAGGGACUGGAGGGACUGGGGUUGUGGGAGCAGUACCCCCACAGAGUGGUGGUCCAGUAGUUGUGCAGUCUUAUCAAGCACUUCUCACAGAACGAGAGGAGCAGCAUCGAUUUCACAUCUCUUCUUUGAAAAAGCAGAUAGCCCAACUGAAAGAGGCAUUGCAGGAGCGCAGUCAGCAGCUCAAAGGGGUGCAGGAGAGUCUGAAGAAGGGACUAACAGAGGGGCAGGAGGUUGGGGCCAGGUCAAAUGGAGGAGGAGAGGGACAGGGGGCAAAGAGUCAGCAGACAGACAUUCAGGAGUUUCUCAAAAGCCAGCUGUCCAAGGCGGAGGUGAGCAGUGGGAGCAGGUUCCCCAGUGAGUAUGCAGUGGUGCCCUUUGAGAGCUUUACGCUGCAGAGGGUCUACCAGCUAGAGAUGGGUCUGACGCGACACCCAGAGGAGAAGCCAGUCAGGCGGGACAAGAGGGAUGAGCUUGUGGAGGUCCUAGAACUGGCUCUACAAAGUUUAAACACACCAGUUCAACAAGAGGGGAAGACACAAAACAACAAAGUGUACACACCCUCAGACUUCAUGGAGGGUAUUACACGCACAGAAAGAGACAAGGGGACACUGUAUGAGCUGACUUUCAGAGGAGAUGGGGCUCAUGAGUUCAGACGCCUGGUGCUGUUCCGACCAUUUGGACCUCUCAUGAAGGUGAAGAACGAGAGAGUGGAUACAAUAAACGCUCCCAUAAACAUCAUCGUCCCUCUGUCCCGGCGUGCUGACAAGUUCAAACAGUUCAUGCAGAACUUCAGGGAAGUCUGUGUGCGGCAGGACGGCCGCGUGCAUCUGACUGUGGUGUAUUUUGGCAACGAUCAGAUUAAUGAAGUCCGUAGCAUUCUGGAGAACACAUCCAGGGAAGUAAGCUUUAAGAACUACACACUGCUGCACCUCAAUGAGGAGUUUUCCAGAGGAAGAGGACUAGACUUUGGGGCCCGAGCCUGGAAAGGAGGCAAUGUCCUGCUGUUCUUCUGUGAUGUAGACAUCUAUUUCACUGCUGACUUCCUCAACACCUGCAGACUCAACACACAGCCUGGUAAAAAGGUCUUCUACCCAGUGUUGUUCAGUCAGUACAACCCCGCUCUCAUCUACGGAAGCACUGAACAUGUCCCACCUGUCGAGCAACAGCUGGUUAUAAAGAAAGAUACAGGCUUCUGGAGAGACUUUGGCUUUGGCAUGACUUGUCAAUACAGAUCUGACUUCAUCAGCAUAGGGGGCUUUGACAUCGAUAUCAAAGGGUGGGGAGGAGAGGAUGUCCACCUGUACAGAAAGUACCUCCAUAGUAACCUGCUGGUGGUGCGUGCUCCGUCACGUGGACUGUUCCAUCUGUGGCAUGAGAAGCACUGCACUGAUGAGUUGCCCCCAGACCAGUACCGUAUGUGCAUGCAGUCCAAGGCCAUGAAUGAAGCCUCGCACGGACAGCUAGGCAUGCUCUUCUUCAGGCAUGAGAUUGAAGCCCACCUCCGUAAACAAAACCAGCAACAGAGCCCCAAAAAAUCAUGAAGACCUCCAUCACUACUAAAUUUGUAAUUUUAUUAACUAUUUCCAACAAGAGUAUGCUGUCACCUAAAAACAUUGUUACACAAUACCAUGCUCUCAUAUUUUACACCCCAAAAAUGUAUAAUGCUACAAAUAACACAGAGCCCACGUUCUGUGUAUCUCAAGAACUGAGCUAUAUUGUGGCUUCUGGUGACCAACAGUGCCACCCAGUGGACUGAAACGUGGCAUGCAGCACCUCUUGUUUAUUGUUCUGUAUUUAUGUUUCUACAUUUUGUUUGUAUGUUUUAUUUCACUGGAAAGUGUUACAUAAUGGUGGUUGAUGUGACUACUAUUUGUAUAUUUUCUAAAGGUAGGAAACUAGUUAGAAUGUAAUUUGUUUUUGUUUUAUAGCUAUUUGUUAUAUUUCUGUUUCAUUGUUACUUGUAUAUCUACAUCUCUAACAAAACACACACAUCCAGCUCAUUGGCUAUAAAAGGCUAUAUAAGAUAAUGUUUUUGAAAUGUGCAAUAACAAAAAAAUGAAUUUCGUGAAUAAGUGUACAAGCACUUCAGACUAGACAGAGACAAAAAUAUUGUUUUAGAGCCUAGAAUAACCAAAGACAUUAAAAGUGGCACUUUCUUUGCUAUAUUUGAUUAUCAUGAAGUAGACUGUACUGUAUUUUAUUUCAAGUAAGAG